ACACGAUACAUGGUCUCCCGAACAAGUACACGAUUGAGCGCUCAAGAACAAGAAGGUCACGCGAGUUUACCAAACCCUCAAGAACAACAAACCCUCAAUCCCUCUCUCGAUUCGAAACUCUCUCAAUCACGACAAUCCCUCACUCUCACUCGUCAUCUCUCGCUCGUUCUCUCAAUUUCGUCAUCUCUCUCGGUGGUUCUCGAACCCUAAGUCCCAAAUCGAAGUUCAGUGAAACAAAUUGAAGCUUCUCUCAGAUCGUUCCUCUCCCUACAACUGAAAACACAAACAGGUUUCUUCAUAGUGAUGUUGAAAUUGUAGUCCAGAUGGUGCUCAAGAAUUGGCGCAAAAGAUAAGUGUACAAAAUGUUAUGGAUCGCAAUAACCUGCAGCUGGAAGGUUCUAGGAACUGGCCAAUGGAUGAAAUUGCAAUUGAAAAAACAAAGUCUAGUUUCCUUAUUCAAAUUGGAGAAAGUCUUCAAAAGAAGUGGGGGAUGACAUGCACUGCAACUGAGGAUGAUGUGGAUGUGUUAAUGUCAGGAUAUGCAUUUCGUCUUAAACUUUUGCAUGAGAGAGCCCUUAGUUUAAUUGGGAGUGAUCAAAAAUCGCGGGUAUAUUCUGCAGACAAGAAACUUUUGAUUCGUAGUCAACAUGCUAGCAUGAUCAAUGGACUGCAAAGUCGUUACCCAAUAUACGGACCAGUAGUUAGACUAGCAAAACGUUGGGCUGCUUCACAUCUAUUUUCCGCUUGUUUGGUAGAGGAGGCCAUUGAGUUAUUGGUUGCAUACCUCUUUCUCAAUCCUUUGCCAUUUGAUGUUCCCUGCUCGCGGAUCACCGGAUUUUUAAGCACAAAUUUUUUGAAAAAUGGAAAGUUGGAUCCGCUGCAAUGUUUCCAAAACUUGAAAAGGCAAGGCAAGUCAGGGCUUCAAUGGCUUUACAGGCGCAAACUCUUGCUCCAGAUUCAGUGGGGGAUAUGGAGCCUCUGUUAGCUUCCAUACUAAAUGACGAAUAUGGAGAUACUGUUCCAUCCAGACCUCAGAACAUAAGUGCUGAGGAGGCAGCGUAUUUCUCAUCACAUGGAACUAUGAGGAAGAUGCAAAAGGUGGAUGAGGCUGACAAUGGUGAAGGUCUGCUGUUCUUGCAUCCUUUUUUUUCCCUUCAUUGAACCGCAAAUUAUAUUUAUAUAUCAACAAUCACCACACUUAGCAUACGACAUGCCAAAGAGUGAAAAUAAUUAUUGCAUCUUAUCUGUAGCUUGAUUUUAAUUAUUGUUAAGGUUGAUUAUUUCUUAGUUACAUAAAGGAUGUGUUUCACGUUUUAUGAUGGCAGAAAAUGGGCUUUGAAAAUAAAUUGGCCAUGCAAAUUUCACUUUAUGAUGUUGCCGAUGAUGAGGCUUAGGAGCUAGCUAGGUUAAUUUGUGUGAUGUUACAAUGAAUUCAUAUUAAUUAUGAUGUUUUGAAUUGUAAUGACUUGGUAUUUUGCUUGAAUGUUGAAUUAACAUUUUGGAUGAAUAUUGAAAUAUUGUAUGACAUUUGGUAUUUUGGAUGAUGUUGAAUUUUAAUGACAUUUGAUCAUAUUAUGUAAUUGUAUUUUGGUUGAA